AUGCCACAACUUUUCGUUGUGGUAUCUACCCAUGGGGCUAAGGCGGCUAGCGAAACCAAUGCAUCGUUGGGGAAGGAUUCACUGCGGAUGGAUGUUGUCAAAUCAAACGAUGACGGCCGUGCCGUACUCGUAGAAACCACAAAAGCAGACCCGACAACAAACAGAACAUGUUUAUCAUCUGCUGGCGAUUCAGUAACCAAGUGGAAAGUUCUGUUCCCAGAACCCAACAAGCUCGAUAAAUUUACAAGUCCAAUUCGAGGGGAUCCUCUGUACUUCCUGGUCUAUUUCUACAUUAAGCAAGAUUGCGUACACGAUUUCAUAGAUCUGCUGUUAGAAGAAGCAGCCUUGGUACACGAGCUUGAAAAGGGCUGCGUUCGUUUUGAUUUGUGGCAAUCAUUGGACAAUCCCACUGACUUUGUCGUAUUGGAAUCGGUCGCAGAUUGGGCCGCGAUUGAAGAGCACAGAGCGUUUCCUCAUUAUCAAAAGGCGCGGGCCGCCUUGGAAAAUAUGCAAGCCAAACCACGGUCUCACGACAAGGGAUACAAAGUCCUCCACUCUGUUGGUGCCAAUAACUUGUCGACCAGUAACUGA